AUGGCCGUGCCGAACCAGCAAAUAUCCAGCACAGAGGCGAUCGACAAUGUCUUCGGCACUGCGGAGCUUGUAGAGUGCAUCUUGCUUCACCUCCCGCUCCGUCAGCUUGUGCUCAAGCAGAUCGUCUGUCGGUGUUGGAGGGAGGUGGCGCAAGGCUCCCCUAGCGUCCGCCGCGCUCUGUUUCUUGAUCCCGCUUGCGCUCUUAGAAUCUGGGCAUCUCAGGUGGUUCGGUACCCACCUGUAUCUCGCUCGCCCCGCGAUCCGUUCUCCGAGUUCGUCUGGAUGCCCACACCCAUCGGCAGGGGCGAACUCCGCUACCCUCCAAUCCUGAACCCCUUCAUCAACAAGCAUACAUUCUGCAGUCGAAUCGUCUCCGGCAACAUCUUCAACCCUUACGCACAGGGCACCUUUGACACCAACAACAUUGACGAUGCCACCUCGGACGAGGCACUGCUCCAACGCAUGCUUCUGCUGCAUCCUCCAGCCACGGACAUGGUUAUGAGUUGUACCGGAGAACGUGCAAGUAUGGGCUCUUCGGCGUGGGAUCUUCUCCCAAGAGCUGAACGAAACGAAGAACUCAUGCGCGUGGAGGAUGUUCCGUGGGGCGUCUGGGAUCACUGUCAGGAGGGUUGCGAGCAUGAUAUCUGUCCGGAAGAGCCGGACGGUGACGCUCGCUCGUACUGGGGACAUGGGGACAUUGACUUUCUCGGCGAAGACUACACCGUGGAAGGGUAUGAAGCAGAGGACAGGGUCACGGGCUGGGAAGUGCUGUAUGAGAUGAGGAGGCGUGAGGAGGUGCUGCCUAUAGGUGUCGAGCAAGAGAGUGACGGGCAAGGAGAGAACGAUGAGGUUGGCGGUGAGGUGGAAGCGGACAACGACAAGGUUGACAGUGAGUCCGAAGUGGGUGCUCAAGACUGGCAGGAUGCGGCAGCCGAUGCAGAUGCAGGGAACCAUGGUGCUGGAGUUGCGGGUGAGACAGUGUUCAAUGGCGACAAGACCACGGCAGCGGGCUGCGUGGGCUGA